CCAGCACUGGUCUCUGCUGAACCUUUGUCCAUUCCUAGCAAAUCCUGCAGGACCAGAGUGUCAGCCAGCAGCAUGGCUACAAAAUGCACAAAGUGUGGUCCAGGUUAUGCGACCCCUCUGGAGGCCAUGAAAGGACCCCGAGAGGAGAUUGUCUACUUGCCCUGCAUUUACCGAAACACAGGCAUUGAAGCCCCGGAUUAUUUGGCCACAGUGGAUGUUGACCCCAAGUCUCCCCAUUAUAGCCAGGUCAUCCAUAGGCUGCCCAUGCCCCACCUGAAGGACGAGCUGCACCACUCAGGGUGGAACACCUGCAGUAGCUGCUUUGGGGACAGCACCAAGUCACGCGACAAGCUGAUACUGCCCAGCAUCAUCUCCUCCCGCAUCUAUGUGGUGGAUGUGGGCUCUGAGCCUCGUGCCCCGAAGUUGCACAAGGUCAUUGAGCCCAAUGAAAUCCAUGCCAAGUGCAACCUGGGCAAUCUGCACACCAGCCACUGCCUGGCCAGCGGAGAGGUGAUGAUCAGCUCCUUGGGGGAUCCCCAGGGGAAUGGCAAAGGGGGUUUUGUGCUGCUGGAUGGGGAGACCUUCGAGGUGAAAGGGACGUGGGAGAAGCCUGGGGGUGAAGCUCCAAUGGGCUAUGACUUCUGGUACCAGCCUCGACACAACAUCAUGGUCAGCACUGAAUGGGCAGCUCCCAAUGUCUUCAAAGAUGGCUUCAACCCUGCUCAUGUGGAGGCUGGGCUGUAUGGGAGCCACAUACAUGUGUGGGACUGGCAGCGACAUGAGAUUAUCCAGACCCUGCAAAUGAAAGAUGGGCUGAUCCCCCUGGAGAUCCGCUUCCUGCACGACCCAGAUGCCACCCAGGGCUUUGUAGGCUGCGCCCUCAGCUCCAACAUCCAGCGCUUCUACAAGAAUGAGGGAGGCACCUGGUCAGUGGAGAAGGUGAUCCAGGUGCCCUCCAAGAAAGUGAAGGGCUGGAUGUUGCCAGAAAUGCCUGGUUUGAUCACCGACAUCUUGCUGUCCCUGGAUGACCGCUUCCUCUACUUCAGCAACUGGCUGCACGGGGACAUUCGGCAGUAUGACAUCUCUAACCCGAAGAAGCCUCGCCUCACUGGGCAGAUCUUCCUUGGGGGCAGCAUUGUUAAAGGAGGCUCUGUACAAGUGCUGGAGGACCAAGAGCUAACGUGUCAGCCGGAGCCCCUAGUGGUCAAGGGAAAACGAGUUCCUGGAGGUCCUCAGAUGAUCCAGCUCAGCUUAGAUGGGAAGCGUCUUUACGUCACUACAUCACUGUACAGCGCCUGGGACAAGCAGUUUUACCCUAAUCUCAUUAGGGAAGGCUCUGUGAUGCUGCAAAUUGAUGUAGAUACAGCAAAUGGAGGGCUGAAGUUGAACCCCAACUUUCUGGUGGACUUUGGGAAAGAGCCUCUUGGGCCAGCACUGGCUCAUGAGCUUCGUUACCCAGGGGGUGAUUGCAGUUCUGACAUCUGGAUCUGAAGGCUAGCCCUAAAGGCCUUCCUCCACAGUCGGGGUCCUCCUUCUGAGGAGCCUAGCUUCGCUCUGCUCUGGGUCCCAACUCUCCAAGGCCAUGAUGAGACCAUCGAGAACUGCAGAGCAGUAUCUCACUACUACCUUGCUUGUUGUUUGUGCCAUUCUUAAGUGAGCUCCUGGAAGCACCAAGAAAUAAAAUGCUGAACCUUU